GCCCCGGAGCGUGGCCGGGGCGGUUGGAGUCCGCAUGGCCCGGAGCCCAGCUGCGCUACUGCUGUCGCCUCUGAUAUUCCUGCUGCUGACAACGCCUGUCCAGGUCUCCCCCGACUACCAUUACUUUGGCGAUCAGGGAGAAGGAGACACCUGGGAGCAGUUACGGCUGCAGUUUCAGGGGAAAGACGCGGAGGACUCGAUCCUUGGCCCGUGGGGAAAGUGGCGCUGUCUUUGCGACCUGGGCAAGCAGGAGCGCAGCCGUGAGGUGCUGGGCACAGCGCCGGGCCCAGUGUUCAUGGACCGCGAGAACCUAGUGCAGGUGCGGCCCUGCAGGCAACGGGACUGUUCAUCCUGCAAGCCGAUCGACUGCGACUGGAGGCCCUGAGUGUGGUUUUCCAAACUCAGAGCUCUGCGGUCCAUCUCCGGAACUACGAUUCCCAGGAAGCUGCACCGCAGUGGCGUAGGCUUUGCCUUCGCAAACGUCAACGGCGGCGGGAGCGUUGGGGGCGUGUCCUAUGCGCUGAUUGGUUGGGCCCGCGUUAAACGCGCCCGGAUCGGAGCUUCCACUCCUAGUUCCUGCAGCUGGUGGCGGCAACUGGGACGGCAUGGAUCUCGGAAAACUGGAGACAGACAAUACGGGGCGCUGUCGUCUGAACUCACCUGUGCCCUCAGUGUGUCGCAAGGAGCCGUGCGUCCUGGGUGUCGAUGAAGCGGGCCGGGGCCCGGUGCUGGGCCCCAUGGUCUAUGCCAUUUGUUAUUGUCCUCUGUCACGCCUGGCAGAUCUGGAGGCCCUGAAAGUGGCAGACUCAAAGACCCUGACGGAGAGCGAGCGGGACAGGCUUUUUGCGAAAAUGGAGGAGGAUGGGGACUUUGUGGGCUGGGCACUGGACGUGCUGUCUCCAAAUCUCAUCUCUACCAGCAUGCUUGGGCGGGUCAAAUACAACCUGAACUCUCUGUCCCAUGAUACAGCCACUGGGCUGGUUCAGUUUGCGAUGGACCAGGGUGUGAAAGUUGCUCAGGUAUUUGUGGACACUGUGGGACUGCCAGAGACAUACCAGGAGCGGCUGCAGCAACGUUUUCCCAGCAUUGAGGUGACAGUCAAGGCCAAGGCAGAUGCCCUCUACCCCGUGGUCAGUGCUGCCAGCAUCUGUGCCAAGGUGGCCCGAGACCAGGCCGUGAAGAACUGGAAAUUUGUGGAAAAACUAAAGGAUCUGGACACCGAUUAUGGCUCAGGCUACCCCAAUGAUCCUAAGACAAAAGCAUGGUUGAGAAAGCAUGUGGAGCCCGUGUUCGGCUUUCCCCAGUUUGUCCGGUUCAGUUGGCGCACAGCCCAGAGCAUCCUGGAGAAGGAAGCAGAAGAUGUUAUGUGGGAGGACUUGUCGACAGGGGAUCAGGAGGGACUAGGGAGGAUCACAUCCUAUUUCAGGGAAAGCCCUCGAAACCGCCCGCGCCUGUCCCACCGGUACUUCCAAGAGCGUGGCCUAGAGUCAGCCACCAGUCUCUAGGAGUCAGCCUGUACCCCUUUUACCAUCCCCCCAGCUUGUGAUUAAAAUUGCUUAAGGAAAACCAA